GCCUGAGGGGGGAACGAAGCUCCGUUCCAAUUCCCGGAUCACAGGGCGUUAUCCGGGUUUGACGUCCAGCCGAGUGGCAGAGCGAGCGCCUCUGCGCUGUCCCUGCCUUUCCCUCCAGGCCCCGCCCCUUUUGCGCUGGCAGCUGCAAAGCUCGGGAGACUGGAUCGCAGCUGCAUAGUCGGCUGAGCGACCCUGGGCACCGCAGUGCGCAGGCGCGAGCGGUCGAGCCCCGGCGCGCGCGGCGCGGUUGAAGCGAGAGUCAGUUUCAGUGUGAGGAGAGCCUGCAUUGGGCAAUCGGGCGGCUUUCCUGUCAGCGAUGGCAGCCCUCCGCUACGCGGGCCUGGACGACACGGACAGUGAGGACGAACUGCCCCCGGGCUGGGAGGAGAGAACCACCAAGGACGGCUGGGUUUACUAUGCCAAUCACACUGAGGAGAAGACUCAAUGGGAACAUCCAAAAACUGGAAAAAGAAAACGAGUAGCAGGAGAUUUGCCAUAUGGAUGGGAACAAGAAACCGAUGAGAACGGACAAGUGUUUUUUGUUGACCAUAUAAAUAAAAGAACUACCUACUUGGACCCAAGACUGGCAUUUACUGUGGACGAUAAUCCGACCAAGCCUACUACCCGGCAGAGAUACGAUGGCAGUACCACUGCCAUGGAAAUUCUCCAGGGCAGAGAUUUCACGGGCAAGGUGGUCGUGGUCACUGGAGCUAAUUCAGGAAUAGGAUUUGAAACUGCCAAGUCUUUUGCCCUCCAUGGUGCACACGUGAUCCUGGCCUGUAGGAACAUGGCAAGGGCCAAUGAAGCAGUGUCACGCAUAUUAGAAGAAUGGCAUAAAGCCAAGGUAGAAGCAAUGACCCUGGACCUCGCUCUGCUCCGUAGCGUGCAGCAUUUUGCUGAAGCAUUCAAGGCCAAGAAUGUGUCUCUUCAUGUUCUCGUGUGCAAUGCAGCGGCUUUUGCUCUACCCUGGAGCCUGACAAAAGAUGGCCUGGAAACCACCUUCCAGGUGAAUCACCUGGGGCACUUUUACCUCGUCCAGCUCCUGCAGGAUGUGUUGUGCCGCUCGGCCCCUGCCCGUGUCAUUGUGGUCUCCUCAGAGUCCCAUAGAUUUACAGAUAUUAACGAUUCUUCAGGAAAAUUGGACUUUGAUCGCCUUUCUCCAUCAAAAAAUGACUAUUGGGCCAUGUUGGCUUACAAUAGGUCCAAGCUCUGCAAUGUCCUCUUCUCCAAUGAGCUGCACCGUCGCCUCUCCCCACGUGGGGUCACGUCCAACGCAGUGCAUCCCGGAAAUAUGAUGUACUCCUCCAUUCAUCGCAGCUGGUGGGUGUACACGCUGCUGUUUACCUUGGCCAGGCCUUUCACCAAGUCCAUGUAUAAUAAUCACUAAUGAGAAACUCAUAGGAUCAAUUCUCAGCACAGCGACCCCUACUGGUAAAUCCAUGUCUCUGCCACUCCGUUCCUUUUAUAGAUCCAGAGGACUGGGUAAGUGUAUUGGGGUGGGCCUGAAAAAGAAUCGUUUGUCUCCUCUCCCUCCAAUUUAUGAUAAAAUAAAAUUAAUGGAUAAAAAUGGAAAUAGGUUAAUUUUUAAAUGUUGUUCAAGAUAAGAUGGAGGAUUCUUCAAAUAGCUGUUUCCAAAAUAUCUUCAAGGAAACUAAAGUCUGUUGAGUGCUUUCUAAUAAUGAAGUCACAUCAUGUGCACAUCCUAUGUUUACUCUCCAGUCUCUCUAGCUUUCUUUUAUGCAAUUAAAUUACUCUAAAAUUAUAUUUUACACAUGUAUGCAUUAAUAUGCAUUGCAGGUUAGUAUAUAUAAUAUAUUUAUGUAAUACAUACAUAUUGCUCUAUGGGUUUUACUUCACAAAACCAGGCACUGUACUAUCUGGUGACAUAAGAGAUGUUCAAUGGUAAUUUUGGCUAUUUGCAGUUGUUGCUGUGUGUGAUGACUUUGGGAUCCUACCACACUUCCAAGUAAGAUGCAAACUGGCAAUUCAGGCCAGAUACCAGGAUGCUUCACAUAUCAGCAUAUGUUUUCAUUAAUUUAUCACAACAGUUCUCACAGCAGUGUCAGAACUAUGAUCUUCAUUGGACAGUUGAAAAGCACAGAGAGCUCACCCAGCUUGUUUAAGAAAAUGGUAUUCCAGCCUUUGCAACCAUCAUUAGCUUCUCUCAGGGCCAUUUACUUUGUCAAAUGCAGCCUCGUGCCCCUGCCAUGUAUAUCUAGUUGUGCAGUUAUAUUUCCUUUUAAAAAUGUUUGAGAGCACCUUCAUGAAAUUAGCCCCCUGCCUUUUUUUUUUUCCACAUAAGCUUUUGGUUCGGGUAAACAACAUCUUCGCCAGAGUUCCUAGGGCCAAGCCAGCCCUUUGUGGAUCAGUAUGUAAAUCUGAAGCUGAGCACAGUCACGUGCCUCUUGGGGUGUUUUGUGCAACCAAAUAUUUGUGUUGGCAGGUAACAGUAGAAAGAAUAUCAUGUGUUAGGGUAGCAAGAGCUUAGCAGAUGUUUUAGGGAACUGCAUUUUCAAAUCAUUUUACAUUAAAAAAUGGCUUGGGUUUAUAGAACUUCUGAAACGAUUGGGUUACGUUUCCUGUGACCGUGUAAAGCCAGUCAUUGUGCUGAGUUUUAACAGAUGUGCAGCUACCCUGCUAAUGGAUGGGCCUGCAACGCUGGUUCUGUUGCAAAGUUAUAAAUUACAACUAGCAAAAGCACAAGAUGUCAUUCUUCUAACCUUCGUGAAAGCCAAACAGGGUAAUUCUGCCCUUGAAUAACCUGCUGCAGGGUGAUUUAUAGUUGUACAAUUUAAAACAUAAUGAAGGAGAUAAUAGAUGUUGAUUUGUUCUUUAAAUUAGUAUUUUAGAAAAAUACUUCUCCCCCUGUCCCCCUUUAAAUAUCUGCAGCUGACUACACUGUGGAUCCCAUCAAGGACAAAACCCCCGUUGGAAUCUUUACUGGUGCAUUGGCAUAAUUGCAUACAAGGCACAGGGAGUAGAAAGCAGGGACUUCUUUCUUUUUGGAGGAGAAAAUACAAUUUUCAAAGCGGAAAUUUCAGCAUAUUCUUUACUAAUGUAAACAUUUUGAGAGUCCCGAGUGAGGGUUGAGUUUUCUGGCUGCCUUGCUCUUGCCAGUCUAGGUACAUUAGAAAUUUAGACUCUUAGGAUCCUUCCAUGUCUGCGCCACACUCGAGCUUUCUUACAGCAGCCCCCACAGAAGGACUUGCUGGCUGGGCUCCUCUUCUUCCCAUUGAGGCUGCCUUCCCGCAGCCUCAAACAUGCUUCUUACUGUCCAGGGUUAUCAUUAGCAUUAGUUUUAUUAGUCGUCUCUCAGUUCUGUCCAGAGCUUUAAAGUUAACAGUGUUUACUUAGUCCAGAGGCCAAUGGAUAUGGUAGGCUGGAAAAGAGCAAAGGGUUUGGAAUCAUUAGGCCUAUAUUAACACUCAGUCUCCCCAGUCCCCAACCACACACUUUUUAGUUGUAUAAUUUUGAAACGGUUUGGCUUUUCUGAGAUUUGUUUUCUAUACUGAUUCAGAUGCUUUGGGCCAUAGGUUAUUUAUUAAUACCUUCUUAAAGAUGGUUGGCAUAAUAGAGGUUUUUCACAUAUAGUGAGAGGAGCUGAGGCAGCCAGGGGUGAGUGUGGCUACUAGAUGGCCAGCUCCUUUGUGAUGGUUUUGGCUUUCCCCUCAUGCUUAUAGGAUGGCUGCAGCAGUACCUACCAUUGCAUCCUACAUGAAAGGUCUGAAGGGAGGAUGGGAAGGGUUAGUAUCCUCCUGUCAUGCCUCCCUCUUUUCCCAAAAAGGAGAACAUUCUGUCUCAGAAUUGUCCUCCUGAGCCAACUUCCCCUCAAAUCCUUAAUCCCAGGAUUGAGUCACCUAUUAAUAUCCUAGGUAUAAGGGAGACUAGGAAAGUGCACAGCUGACAUUUGGAGCCUCCCCAUUUGGGGUGGGAGGCAAGCUCCGAUGACAAGGAAAAGAUGGGGUAAUGGUUUUGCGCAAGCACCAUUGAGCAGGUGUCCAUAUGGUUUUCACUUGUGUCAAAUGGGAGUGCUAUCUACUUUCUAGGGUGGUUGUGAGAGCAAGUGUGAAUCUGGCAGAACGCACCUGCCUUAUCUGGCCCCAUCCACUUGGCCAGCCUUACCUGAAGCCACUUCUAGCCCCAUGUUCCUUUCUUCCUCAGGCUUUGGGCACAUAUUGUUCUUCAGUCUAGAGCACUCCUCUCCUAAUCACAGUUACUUUCUACUCAUCUUUCAAUACUCACUCCAAACAUCACACUUCAAUGAAGCAUAUUUGGUGUCUCAGAUUAGAUCAAAGCCUCCAUUAUGUUCUCUCAUAUGAGCCAGCACUAUCUGACUCUAACAGCUCUCCAUAAAUGUGUGGUGAACAAGUGAAUGAAGGGCUCUGGCAAUAUCUCCUUCAUAGCUUUUAACACAACUGUAAUUUAAAAGAUAAUUUCUGUAGUUUCUUAUUUAAUGUCUGUCUCCCCCUCUCUUGAAAGUGGUAUUUUUGCCUCCACAUUACUGUCUUCCUAAUCCAUACAGUAAAUGCUCAGUAAACAUUUGUAAAUAGAUAAUGGCAAGAUGCGCAGGUGCUUAAUAGAUGGCAGUCCUUAAUCCCUUCUUUGUCAUUUGCCUCUCUGAGGUGGGCAUAGGUUGCAGUCCAGAAUGUGUAAAUAAAGAAAUGAUAAGGCUAAGGGCCACCCAGACCACACAGCAAGGAUCCAAGGCCUCCCAUGUUCUGGGUCAAGUGCCACUUAAGGGAUCUACCAGAGGUGUGUGUAUGGAGGGAACCUAUGUAAGGAGAGAGCUGCAAGGUACAAGAGAGCUAGGGUGAGCUUUAGAGCUAGACAGCUCUUGAGUGAAACCCAGUUUCAUCCCAUCCUAACUCCUAGAGAAAUUUGAUAAUUUGAUUAAGAUUCACAUGUAAAAUUGGGAUGUUAUACCCACCUCAUGGGCUCGUGUUGAGAAUUAAAGGUCAUUGUGAACUAUAGCAUUUAGGAUGUGCUAGAUGCUCAAUAAACAUUGAUUGGUAUUAUUAUUACUGGCUUAUGGUGAGAAUUAAAGAUCAUGCAUGUUCAUUCUGAACAUGCCUGAGACUCAGUUAACCUUUGUUAUUAUUAUUAUCAUUAUCACUAUUAUUUUUUCCCAGCUUUAUUGAAGCACAAUUGACAAAAAAUUUAUAUGUAUUUAUGCUGUCCAAUGUGAUGUUUUGAUAUACAUAUGCAUUGUGAAAUUAUUACUACAACCAAACUAAUUAACAUAUCUAUCACCUCACAUAGGUAUCUGUUUUUGCAUGGGUGAUGAGAACUUUAUGAUCUACUCUAUUAACAAUGUUCAAGUGCAUAAUACAUUAUCAUUAACUGUAUUCACUGUGCCGUACGAUAGAUCUGCAGAACUUAUGUAUCCUGUCCAACAGAAACUUUGGAUACUUUGACCAAGAUCUCCCCAUCCACUGCCUCUAGCAGCUGCCAUUCCACUCUCUUCCUUUGUGUGUUUGACUGUUUUAGAUUCAACAUUUUAAGUGAGAUCAUUAGUAUCAGUCUUUCUGCGUCUGGCUUAUCUCACAAGCUAAGUGUUGCUUCUCUUCCCGUUGUUUAUAGAUGCCUGUUCUGCUAACGAUGGCUCUGGGUCUGUCACAGAAGGUCUCAUUUUCCCUGUGAACACUGAGCAUAAAAACCCCAUAUGGACAAGCCUCGGGAACCACUGAGGCAAGUUGCACAAUGGUGAACAGGACUCCCUGGGCUUCCUCGGGCAGAUUUUAACCCCUCCGAGCUGCCUGUUUUACCAGCAACAACAGCACACCUUAGCUUGGAGCAAAGAUUGUCCACAUUUUUGUUAAAAACAAAGAGAAGGAAAACAUACCCGCCUUUAUGAGGCUGUGACACCUCAUCACUAUAUUUUUUCUGCCUUGCUUUAAUAGUGUUUUCAGUCUGUCUCAGCCUUUGUUCCUGAAUGAGCACCCGAGAGGGGAAAAAGUGACUAUCUGGCCUUAAUAUGUGUGACAAAUUACUUAAUGAACACUUAACCAAGAUUCGAAAUUCCCCUAUUUUAUCUUCCCCGUUUCCUUUUCUUCUAUGUACCCAUUGGCGUUGUGGUAAUGCACUGCCUCUUUAUAACUCUCUCUCUAGCUCUUUUAUUACAUUUUUUUUUAAGUUUGCGCUGCCUUCUUUGAUCCUCCCCUCUUUCAGUUUCCUUUUCUCCAAUUUCAUACUUCUUUCCAGUGAUUUUUGGCUGCAGCACAGUUUAGAUAUUAGAGGCCAGCGUGAUUAAACCAAUGCCAGGAGUUUGUGUUGCCCCAUGACGAUGUUUCUGGAAUGUUUCUUCUAUGAACAUUGAUUUUUGUAUAACUCACUGGACAUGUUGAUUUUUUCCUGUGAGGUGUAAGGUAAUGUUUUUCUAGCAAAAACAAAGAGGUCUCAAACCCGGUGCUCUGAAUUCUUCAGAAACUGAACACCCCCCUUCCUUUUUACUAACUAAGAUAAAGGAAUACUUUGAAAAUAUGCUGAGAACAUGUCCCCAUGUUACAUGAGAACCAACUAAGUGCCAGUCUCCAUUUUCAUGGAUUCACUUCUUUAAAGCUUAUCUCAUCUAAUAUAAUUUUAGAGUUUGCUCUAAUUAAACGAUUGUAUAUCUCUGAGCAAAUCACUUUCUGUCUCUGGACUUCAGUUUUCUUAUCUAUCAAAUGACUCAGUUAACCAAUAUUAAUUGUCCCAUGGGUUUCCAGAACAAUUUAAUUUGGAAGGAAAUAAAAAAGGGAGACUACUUUGGAGGCUGAGGUAGAAGAAUCUCUUCAGGCCAGGAGUUCG